GCGGCCGCCGGCCGGGUUCUCUCCGUCACAUCAGGGCAGCUCAAGGCUAACAACCAUCGGAAUGAAAAUGCCGUCGUCUUUACUCAACAUUACGCUGCUUUCAUUUAUACUGUUUUUUAUUGCAUCACAUUUCGGGGAGGUCUUAGCUGAGGACAAAGGACGAGGAUUUGGGGACCAUAUUCACUGGAGGACCCUUGAAGAUGGGAAGAAGGAGGCUGAAGCAAGUGGACUCCCUCUGAUGGUCAUUGUUCACAAGACUUGGUGUGGCGCCUGUAAAGCACUAAAGCCCAAGUUUGCUGAAUCCAAGGACAUCUCUGAGUUGGCCCACAACUUUGUCAUGAUUAACUUGGAGGAUGAAGAGGAGCCUAAAGAUGAGGCCUUCAGCCCAGACGGUGGUUACAUUCCCAGAAUACUUUUCCUGGAUCCCACAGGUAAAGUCCACUCAGAGAUCACAAACAAGAAUGGAAACCCAAACUACAAGUAUUUCUACAGCAAUGCAGAUCAAGUUGUGGCUAGCAUGAAGGAAGCUCAAGAGAAGCUGACUGGAGAUGCCUUCAGGAACGCUCACGUUGGUGACGAACUUUGAGAACGGAAGAAGUGGCAUGGGAAGAUCUCAACCGGCACACUACAUCUCUCCGCUGGGCACUCUCCAUCCAUCUGUUCAUCCCCAACCUCAACUCCUCCUGGGAUUUCAUUUGACCUGCUAUAGCACAAGAAGCUUCAAAAAUGAAGGAAUUCAUAACGCUGUCCAUGUCACAUAAAGGAUGCUAAAACAGGGCUUUUUUGUUUUCUUUCAAAUUCAAAGCGUGCGUGUCCUAUGUUGAUUAUUCAUGUCGGAAGCGACUUCAUUCUCAAGGCACUCCACAUUUUGUCCGACUUAGAAACAUUUAACACAGGCGAUUCUUGUGCUUCCAAGCCAUAUCUUGCAAGCUGUGGUGAAACUUAUCCAGUUACCCAGUUGCAUAUAUGAAGGGCCUUAUAAUCCCCAAAACUGUACCCACCUAAAUCUAAUAUAUGAUUUGUUUUCAUGAGCGUGACAGAUCUAUUAUGUUAAGGCUAUUAGAAAUGUAUUAGAAAAGAAUUAGUCCUCAAUAUAUGGAGUUGCCUUUGGUUUAAAAAGAGAUUUUUACUAUUGACAAUACUUGUGAUUUAAGGACUGUAAGGUAAACUGGCAUUUUUUUUUUUUUUUUGGGACUGAGGGAAUUGUCUUUCUUCACCAUACGGUAUUUUUUACCAAUAUGUAAAAUGAGGCUACAAAUAAAGUUGAUAUAAAAUAGUG